AUGUUCAAAGAUGACACAUUUCAAUGGAGGUUGGAUUGUUUAACUGACAUAUUUGACUCCUUGAAUGAGCUAAACAUGAAACUUCAGGGCAGAAACAACACUAUAAUAAGAAAUUAUAAAGUUCAGGAAGAAUUUCUAGAAAUAAAGGCUGAUUCGUCCAUGAAAGAUGACUUCCAUCUUUUAACAUUGGGGAAAUUUUGGAUCAAACGAUUGCCUGUUAAUUCGACACUUGCCUCUCUUGCUUUACGAAUACUAGUUCCUUUUUCUUCAACUUACGUAUAUGAGACAGGCUUUUCUGCUCUAGUUUUAAUUAAAACUAAAGAGCGAAAUCGUCUUAAUGUCGAUAGCGACAUGAUGAUAGUUCUCGAGUGUCUUAUUAGUACCUACUCUUAUUUUAUUCAAGUUUUUCGAUAA